AGUUAAACUGACUGCUUGAGCCUUCAGACUAGGAUGGAGGAAACAGCAGUCAAGCUUAAUGCGGAGGGUAUUCAGAAAAAAGUGAUCGCUCCUGGACGUGGAGAGCUCUCAACCUUUCCAGAUGGAACAAAGGUGAGGUUUCAUUACCGCACCAGCCUGUGCGAUGGGGCGGUGCUGGACGACUCCCGGACGAUGGGUGGGCGGAGCAAGCCCAUGGAGCUCAUCCUGGGCAAGAAGUUUAAACUGGCCGUAUGGGAGCGCGUGGUCAUCACCAUGAGGGAGGGCGAGGUCGCAGAAUUCACCUGUGACGUCAAGCACACGGCUCUGUACCCGCUGGUCUCCCAGUCUCUGCGGAACAUCAGCGUGGGGAAAGACCCGCUGGAGGGACAGAGGCACUGCUGUGGCAUCGCCCAGAUCCACUCUCACCACUCUCUGGGCCACGCCGACCUGGACCAGCUCCAGGCCAAUCCCCAGCCGCUGGUCUUCACCAUAGAGCUGCUAGAGGUUCUGCCCCCGGGGUCUUUCCAGUUGGAGACCUGGGCCAUGACGGACAAGGAGAAGCUGGAGGCUGUGCCACAGAUCCACGAAGAGGGGAACGCGCUCUAUAAGAGCGGAGAUAUCGCCGCAGCCGCCGAAAAAUACUACAGUGCCAUCGCCUGCCUGAAAAACCUACAGAUGAAGGAGCGUCCCGGUGAUGAGAACUGGAUUAAACUGGACCAGAUGAUCACUCCGCUCCUACUCAACUACUGCCAGUGCAAACUGAUCCAGGGUCAGUACUAUGAGGUUCUGGACCACUGCUCGUCCCUCAUCAACAAGUAUGGAGAUAACGUGAAGGCGUAUUUCAAGCGCGGCAAAGCCCACGCCGCCGUCUGGAACGAGGCGGAGGCCAGGGCGGACUUUGCCAGAGUGAUGGAGCUGGACCCCACGCUGGCGUCCUCCGUGGCCAAGGAGCUGCGAGGCCUGGAGGAGCGUCUCCGCGAGAAACAGAAGGAGGAGAAAGGACGCUACAAGAACCUGUUCGGCUACAGCGGCAAUGCUCCCGCCACGGCAACCACGGGCUGAAUCAAAAGGUCGUUUUUUUUUUUUUCUGCCGUUACUGAGGAGGGAGGCAGUUUUUCAGCUUUGGCUGACUCUGAAUUACACAAACCCCUCUCUGACAUACACACGCUUUUGG